GACAGGACUCCUGUCUCAGUGACCACAAACCACUCUCGACUUUCUACGAGCUUACAUCUAAAAGCAAAAGGCUUAUACAGAAACAUGACUCCCAACAUAAUUACUGACUCCACAUACCCAUUCAGCUCCAGAAUGACUGUGGCUCAAAGAAAAGAGGCAAACGAACUGAGAAAGACUCUCAAGCCUCUAAUGGAGAAAAGAAGGCGCGCGCGCAUCAAUGAGAGCCUGAACAAGUUAAAAGAUUUGAUAGUCCCUCUGGUUGGCAAAGAUACUUCACGUUACUCAAAGCUGGAGAAAGCUGAUAUCUUGGAAAUGACUGUCAGGUUUCUCAGAGAACUCCCGUCUUCACCAGUGAAAGCUCAAGCAGACAGUUACAGAGAGGGAUAUGAAGCGUGCCUACAGCGGGUCUCCGCGCUCCUCCCGCGCACGAGCCUCGACCAUGAAACCUGCGCGCGCGUGCACGACUUCAUCCAGCAGUCGAAGUUCUCGGGCUCGCCAGCUUGCCGCACGUGCAGCGCUCGAACCUCCAGCGCGCGCUCACGGAUCCAGCACGAGCGACAACUUAGCCCGAAAUCCAACAACGUCCGUCCAGUUGAAAACGCGAGCAUCACUGGACCAACAUCCAGAAGAGCUCAUGCUGCGCCACAAGCCGCCACUCAGACCAUGUGGAGACCGUGGUAGAUCACCAAACAAGUCUCGAGCUCUAGAUAAAGAUUCACCGUUAACGUUGUAUUUAUAUUUUAAAAUGUAUUUAUUGUGACAUGCAUACGUCAAAACUGGCUGUAGAAUGAACAAAGAUAAAAGAGCCAGUGAGCACAGAUCAUGUAUAGAAAUAGAAAUUCUGUAGAGAAAAUAGGUAAUGUUAGUAACUUAAUGCAAUCCUCUCUGGGGUGUCAAGACAUACGGGUUGUAAACAACACAAUUGUAAACCCCACGGGUUAUAAUGUAUUUCAUGAGGUUUGCACGAUUGACUUUUGUGUAUUUGGUCUGUGCAAAGAAUUGUAAACACUGUGUGUUAAGAAGUAGGCAGAUGUGAAUGAAGUGAAUGGAAUUAUGUGAUAUUUCAAAAUUGUGACUCA